GAUCUUCGACCUACGUGUUUCGGCUAACAGUAGAUAAUUGUUACUGCGCUAAAUUAUGCAAAAGUACAAUCUGUAUAAACACUAACGUUAACCCGAUGUAAUUGUUAGCUAGUGAGGAAAGUUGGAAGUCUGCUUCGCCAAGAGAUUCUACCGAAACGUGUAUCGAUAUGAGAAUUGCAUGUUACAAUCCAGCAUGGACAAAGUCAGCUGUUGGUGAGAAAUGUGCCGAGUGUUGUACACUGUUCCACUGCCCAUUUUGCAAGCCUGAGGUUUUCAAACCAGCAGUGCAAACCAAACUGUUAAAACAUCUUGAAGCACAUAAAAACCAGGCUCUGCAAUAUAAAGGAUACACAAUCUACAAGUGUAACUUGGACUGUACACGCCGGUCACAUUUCCAUUGUUGCGGUUGCUUGUCAUUAUUUGAGCAAAAGAAGAGAUUCAUGAAACACAUGCUGAAUUGUGAGGGCACAUUGAAGGCCGAAGUUCGCUCUGUGUCUGAAGAUGAGGCCAAAAUUCACCCUGUGUCUAAAGAUGAGGCAGAAGUUCAUCAUGUCUCGAAAGGUGAGGCAGAAGGUCAUCAUGUGCCAGGAUACAACACCUCCUAUAUUGGUGUGAUGGGUCAUUAUCUCACCCUCCUGCCUCCACUAGAGAGUGAACCAGCAGAUGAUUCAUGCGAGACCAUCUCUGACACCCAUUUAGAUGAGGACUUGGACCACAACACCAGCAUCAAUUCAGCUGGUGCUGCUACUGGAAGGACUAGUGGAGCGGGGCCUGCAGAAGACCUAAAGGCCCUGUACCGGCAUUUCCUUUUAAAAGAGAUGGAAAACAGGGACCAAGAGAUGGCUUACAGGGCACUGAAGAUGAGAAAGUUGGAGAAGGAGAUCCUAUUACUUAAUAAACAGGUGGAUAAACCAUGAUCAGUCUUCACAAGUCUUUUU